CGCGCGCAGGCGCGGCAGAGGGAGCGGCGCGCGCGUGGGUCUGCAUCCGGGUCGCCGAGGCGCCCAUUGUCUGGGGAAGGGGCCCGGGCUCGGCGGCGCCGCACCGCAGGGCUCCCGCCCGCCCGCCGCUCCUCUCCGCAGGCUUUAUGGACCGCAGUUCGAAGAGGAGACAAGUGAAGCCUUUGGCAGCUUCGCUGCUGGAAGCUUUAGAUUAUGAUAGCUCUGAUGACAGUGAUUUUAAAGUUGGAGAUGCUUCAGAUUCUGAAGGAAGUGGUCAUGGGAGUGAAGAUGCAUCAAAAGACAGUGGUGAAGGUUCCUGUACUGAAUCAGAAGAAAAUAUAUUGGAGGAGGAACCGGCAGAAGAGAAGGUAGAAGAGCAGCAGCCAAAAAGCUCCACUGAAGAAGAGGUGACAACAGCAGACAAAGAGGUAAUUAAAACUGAAAAGAAGGAGCAAGAAGAUGAAGAAAAGCCAAAAAAGAAGAGAGAGAAAGCAGCUGAACCUGAGGCUGUGGCCGAUGAGCAAACAAACGAACCAAAAAAAUGGAAUUUGCGCAGGAACCGACCUUUGCUGGAUUUUGUAUCAAUGGAAGAACUAAAUGAUAUGGAUGACUAUGACAGUGAAGAUGACAAUGACUGGCGGCCUACUGCUGAGAAGAAAAAAGGAAAAAGUGCACUGCGAAAAGAGGGGAGUGAUGGAGAUAAUGAGGAUGAUGAAGAUGACGGGAGUGGCAGUGAUGAGGAUGACAAUGAUGAGGAAGGUAAUGAAGAAGAUAAUAGCAGCACGGCUAGUGAUGGAGGAUCCAAGAAGAAGAAGAGUAAAGUUCUUAACAGGAAUAAUGCAGAUGAUGAGGAAUUGACAAAUGAUAGCCUGGCUCUUUCACAAAGCAAGAGUAAUGAGGACUCAUUGAUCCUUGAGAAGUCGCAAAAUUGGAGUUCCCAGAAAAUGGACCAUAUUUUGAUUUGUUGCGUUUGUCUUGGAGAUAACAGUGAAGAUGCUGAUGAAAUAAUCCAGUGUGACAACUGUGGAAUAACAGUACAUGAAGGUUGCUAUGGUGUUGAUGGAGAGAGUGACUCUAUCAUGAGCUCAGCUUCAGAGAAUUCCACGGAGCCUUGGUUUUGUGAUGCAUGCAAAUGUGGUGUCACACCUAGUUGUGAAUUAUGUCCUAACCAGGAUGGAAUCUUCAAGGAGACUGAUGCAGGCAGGUGGGUACAUAUUGUUUGUGCCCUCUAUGUUCCAGGAGUGGCAUUUGGAGAUAUUGACAAACUGCGACCAGUAACACUUACAGAAAUGAAUUAUUCCAAGUACGGUGCCAAGGAAUGCAGUUUUUGCGAAGAUCCUCGUUUUGCCAGAACCGGUGUAUGCAUCAGUUGUGAUGCUGGGAUGUGCAGAGCUUAUUUCCAUGUGACCUGUGCUCAGAAGGAAGGCCUCCUCUCAGAAGCAGCAGCAGAAGAGGAUAUAGCUGACCCUUUUUUUGCUUAUUGUAAACAGCAUGCAGACAGGUUAGACAGAAAAUGGAAGCGGAAGAACUAUUUGGCAUUACAAUCUUACUGUAAAAUGUCCUUGCAGGAAAGAGAAAAACAGCUCUCACCAGAAGCUCAGGCUCGAAUCAAUGCCAGACUACAGCAGUAUCGUGCCAAGGCAGAGCUGGCCCGCACCACCAGGCCUCAGGCCUGGGUUCCCAGGGAGAAGCUACCACGACCACUUACCAGCAGUGCUUCAGCCAUACGUAAGCUUAUGCGCAAAGCUGAGUUAAUGGGAAUUAGUACAGACAUUUUUCCAGUGGAUACUUCAGAUACUAGUUCCAGUGUUGAUGGAAGAAGAAAACAUAAACAACCAGCUCUCACUGCUGAUUUUGUGAAUUAUUACCUUGAGAGAAAUAUGCGUAUGAUUCAAAUCCAGGAGAAUAUGGCUGAACAGAAGAAUAUCAAGGAUAAAUUAGAAAAUGAGCAAGAAAAGCUUCAUGUGGAGUACAAUAAGCUGUGUGAGUCCUUGGAAGAGCUACAAAAUAUGAAUGGAAAGCUGCGAAAUGAAGGGCAAGGCAUUUGGGCUCUGCUGGGUAGAAUCAUUGGACAGAAAUUGAACAUACCAGCAAUUUUACGUGCUCCGAAGGAAAGGAAACCAAGUAAAAAGGAAGGAGGAACACAAAAGACAUCUGCACUUCCAGCUAUCCUUUAUAGUUGUGGUAUUUGCAAGAAGAACCAUGAUCAACACCUGCUGCUAUUGUGUGAUACUUGUAAACUCCAUUACCAUCUUGGUUGCCUGGAUCCACCUCUCACAAGGAUGCCAAGGAAGACCAAGAACAGUUACUGGCAAUGCUCAGAGUGUGACCAGGCAGGUAGCAGUGAUAUGGAGGCUGAUAUCGCCAUGGAAACCUUACCAGAUGGGACCAAACGAUCAAGGAGGCAGAUUAAGGAACCAGUGAAAUUUGUUCCUCAGGAUGUGCCACCAGAACCGAAGAAAAUUCCAAUCAGAAAUACGAGAACUAGAGGACGGAAACGAAGCUUUGUGCCUGAAGAAGAAAAACCUGAGGAGCGGAUUCCCAGAGAAAGAAGACAAAGACAGUCCGUUCUACAAAAGAAGCCCAAGUCGGAGGAUUUAAGGACUGAAUGUGCUACCUGCAAAGGGACCGGAGACAAUGAAAAUCUAGUCAGGUGUGAUGAAUGCAGGCUUUGCUACCAUUUUGGCUGUCUCGACCCUCCCUUGAAAAAGUCUCCUAAACAGACUGGUUAUGGAUGGAUUUGUCAGGAAUGUGACUCUACGUCCUCCAAAGACUCCGAGCCGUCAAAUGAGGUGGUCUCAGAGGCCCCAGGUAAUGUGGUACCCUCUACCUCAAGAAGUAGCUCUGAAGAGCUGGUAUCGGUGGCACAGAAACUUCCAGAAGAGGAAGAUGAAAAUGAAGCUGAGGCAGAAAAUCCAUCUCAGGAGCUGAAUUUGGAACAGAAGAAAUCAAAAAAAUAGGAGAUUGCUGUCUUGUUUGAAAUAUUUGCAAGUUGUGUAACAGUGAUUAUAGUUUCUCAUUGUAAAAUUACAAAAAAGUUCUCAAUAAAGUCAUUGAAAAUUAAAUUAAUGCUACACUGGGGAAUUAAUUAAGUAGCUCCUGGUGAUAGUCCUGAUUGCAUUAAAAGCUGAAUUAUCAGACCUGAGCACCAUACCAAUAAAGUUCUAAAAGCUUUUUGAACACAGUAUAGAAAGCUGAUGGGUUAUUCAUCACUAAUAGCAUUUACUAAGCAAACAGGUAAAUUUUUUUUUUUUUAACUCUACAAAGCAAUGUUAUCCUUAAAGGAUAGUUAUAACUCAGACUUAUUUUGAUAUUUCUGAGGAAGAGCUUUGAUUCUUAAAAGUUAGAUAAAUGUGUUUUACUUAAUGAUUUUUUAAAAUUUCUUCUGAUCAGUCAUUAAAAUAAAUGUUGCUGAGGACUGGCAAGGAUUUUUUGGUAUGUACAGUAUGUUUUCGUAAGUACUUAGUUUUACAUGUUUCUAUCUCGUGUGAUUUUUAAUUGGUUUAAUGUUGCAUUGUCAUUUUCUUCCAUGUAAACCUUUUCAAUCUUCAUGUGAUCAUUGUCUUUUAAUGGAUGUCAAGCUUUUGUCUUGAUUAGGCCAUCCUACCCAGGUCUAAUUCCUUCAUACCAGUCUUUUCAUUCUAACAGAAUAAAAGAACUUUGUCAUUAGACCUUUAAGUGAGUAGUGAAAACAUAAAAUAAAAAACUUUUCUCCCUAUACUAAUCACUUUGAUUUCCAGUUUCCCUCUGCUUUUUAUCCUGUGCAGGUCAGUAAAUUCGAAGGUUAGUACAAGAAACUCAGAUGUCGAUUUAUAGCCUGAUAUGUUCAUAGAUUGCAAUGAAGAAAACAAAAGUCUGUUUUAGGAUUGGAGCAACAUUCAGUGAAGUCCCUUGAGUGAAUUUUAUCUUGCUCUAGGAGUAAUCAAUCAUCUUUAAUUGAAAAAGUUCACCUCCUUUCCCAGUCUUCUGUAUUUUUACUGUUAUUCUGUAUACAGAGUGUUAAAUCAGAUUGUAAAUAGUGUUCAUUCUCAAUUUUAUCCUGUCUUUAUAAAUUAUAGUUUCAGAUAUUUUAUAAACAACAUGCCUGUGUUAAGCAAUAUCUUUUAUAAAUUCUUUCUGGAUUCAUGAGGUUCAAGUGUGUGUAGGUCAUGGACAAAUUUCAAUCACAAUUACUCUACAGGAGCUUAAUAACACUAGAUCUCAUUUUAACAAAUGCAGCUAUCAUGUAAAUUAGCAUAUAAAAUUCAGUGUUUUUCUGUUUGGAGCAGAUCAACCACUGUAGCAAUCUCAGAAAUGAGGGGAAGUAUGAUUUUGACUUUAUUGCAGUGGAAGAAACAUAUUUGGGAAAGAAAGAAGCACAGAUUAACCACAUAGGACCUUAUGGACCAUUCUCUGCGCAGUGGUGUAUAGAAUCACAGGGUAGAUGAGAACAAAGUGAAUGUGGGUUUUUUUCAAGCUAACCCAGAAAGCCAUAGUCAGUUCUCAGAGCUUAGUACUCAUCAGGAUCUGAAGAAAGGGCAGGGCUGCCACUGGAAAGAGCUGGAAGUUCUAAAUUUUGAAGGACAGAACAAGUAACUUACAAGAAAAGAUGAGGAUAAAGUUUAACAUGGGGCUUAUGCAAAAGUAGGGUAAUGGCGUGGGAACUACUGGCUGGCAUGGAUUAUAGCCGUGUCUUGGCCUCUGCCAGCCCUUAUCCCCAGUGCACUUAUGUUUGAGUUUAUCCACCCAAAUUAUCCUAGGGUCUCAUUUGUGCAAAAUAAUCUGUUUCUAUUCAGUUCAUGGCAGCAGGUUUGUCCUUUCGCUGUGAAUCUAAGCUCUGUGACAGUCUGGGACUGUAUGGGUGGUUAUUUGGUGCUCAGGUUGUGUAUGAAAAUAUAUUACUUGGCUCUCAAACAACUGAGUGAGAACAAUUAUUCAGACACUGAAAGAUACAGAAGCUUCCAUUUGAUGCAUAACACUGAUGAGCUUAAAAGGAGUCUUUCUUUAUCUUUCUGAAAUUUUAAAAAAUUUAACGUGAAAGUAAAAUUACAUAAGUUAAUUUUAAGUACCUCCUUUUUCAGUGUAUUCAUCAGAAGUCUACAGUCAGAUCUGAUAAAUAGAAACCUGUUCUUUGGUUAAGUUACUUAAUACAAAAUUAAAAUGCCACAAUUUUUCCCUGCAAAAUGACAACUAGCACUGUUAUCAUAAUCAGCUGGGUUUGAGAUGAAAGUGAGACAAAUAUGAUUGAAUCAAAAUGCACGCAUACCUUCAUCCCUUCCAGAAGAAAUGGGGGACACCUGUUGUCACAGAUGAGGUUUGAGAUAAAACUUGUAUUUAAAUGAGAGUGCAACUUCAUAAAGUUCAAUCAGGUCGCACUGCAUGGAGGAAAUAUGUCAUAGAAUCAGAGAAUCAUAGAAUGGAUUGAGUUGGAAGGGACAUUAAAGAUCAUCUUGUUCAAACCCUGGUGCCAUGGGCAGGGGCACCUCCCACUAGCUCAGGCUUCCCAAGGCCCCAUCCAACCUGGCCUUGAACACCUCCAGGGAUGGGGCAUCCACAGCUUCCCUGGGCAACUUCUGCCAGUGCCUCACUACCCUCACUGUGAAGAAAUUCCUCCUUAUGUCCUCUCUAAAUCUGCCCCUCUCUAAUUUACAGCCAUUCCCCAUAGUCCUAUCACUACAUUCCCUUGUAAAAAGUCCCUCCCCAGCUUUCUUGUAGCCCCCUUAAAGUACUGGAAUAUUACUAUAAGGUCUCCUUGGAGCCUUCUCUCCAGGCUGAACAACCCCGACUCUCUCAGCCUGUAUGAGGGAAAAUAGGCUUAUACAUGUUUAUAGGAAGAAUUAGAUGUGUUUAUAGCCAAAGGAUUAUAUGUGCACUCCUGAUUUCCUAUGACACUUAGCUAAGUUUUCAAAGUGUCACGAUGCUUGUCCCUAAUUCAUUUGCAUUCCUGUAUUGGCAUCUGGUGUGAUUUUGCUCUGGAAUUCAAAUCCAAGGUUUCACUAAGCAGACUGUAAGGCAUCGGAUCCUUUUGUUGAUGUCUGGCGUUAGUUUGUGCCCAAGCUGAAUCUGAGGCUUUGCAAAGCAGACUGUCAGACUUUGGAUUUUAUAAAAUAUGUCUUUUAAUAGAGGGAUACAGUGACAUGGUCAACUCUGGGGAAAGUGGCUGACAUGAACCAAUAAAUCUCUGGGCAAUUAUACCCUUACAGACAACUUAACUAUCCCUCACACCACGUCUGAACCCACUAGAAAUGCUUGCGUCUGGGGUCUUCCUGUUCUUCAUUGGAUUCCUUACUUGUCUUUCAUACAGGUGGUUAUCUUGUCUUGAUUCAGCUGGAGUUGAUGAUGUGUGUCCUUGAAGUCUCUGUAAUUUUCUGGGUUUUGUGGACUGGAGCCCAUGUUUUGACUCUACAUGUUCUACAAGCUGGGAAAGAUUUUAACUGAAAUACGCAGCUUGUGGCCUAGUGCUUCAACAAGUCUCACUACUCAUGCUAAGAAAGCUAAACAAACAGCACACUAAAUCAUUGAAUCAUAGAAUAGCUUGGGUUGGAAAGGACAUUAAAGAUCAUCCAAUUCCAACCCCCUGUGAUGGGCAGGGACACGUCCCACUAGAUCAGGCUGCCCAAGGCCCCAUCCAACCUGGCAUAUCACACAAUGUUAUAACUCCAGAAUCUUAUUGAAGCUAACAGCAUACUUCGUCCCACAAUAUUAUAGCUCUUUAUAAUUUAUUCUACUUUAAAUGUUCCUUAUUGAAGCUAAAUAUCUAAUCUCUGUUAAAGAGGAGAAUUAGCUGGUGUGCAGUCCAUCUGCUGUCCAGGGAUAAUUCAAAUAGGGCUCACCAGCAAUCUGUCAUUGUUAAAGUUCUCAUUGCUCUGAGGGACACCCUUGAGAGGCACCCCGGCACAAAGAGAGAUCAUCUCCCUGCAGCUGCUGAGGUUGUCAUAUUUACAGGAUAAAAAUGGUUGGCUUGUAGUCAAAUUGCAUGUAAUAGAGCUGUGCAUGAGGGUCUUGUCAGUAUUCACUGGGUUGCUCUGUUCCUUGUGAGUUUCUUAUAGGAGUUAUUGGCCUGGCUGUGGACAACCAAAGUGCAGCUGGUUUAGUUAAAGGUAUGUGUGUACUGGUGUGUAUGAAAUGCAUCAGUCACACCUAAUUAAUGACUUGUUUGUAGACACUUUUACUAAACAGAGGGGGUUUUAACUGAUAAAGAUCAAAUAAAGGCUAUACAAAAUAAGUGACUUUACUUCCUUUAUCUUG